AUGACCGGGCCAGCAGAUUCCGCUGGCCCGCUUCGCGUCUCCCAGCGGCGACCGCUGGCCUGUCGAGGUAACAUCACGAAUUUAUCGACCACGAACCCUAGAGAUCCCUCCCUUGUGGUGUUUCAAACCCCCCCCCCCCCGAGUCUGCCUUUAUUCGUGGAGACUGUACGACUGCGACGGAAUACGGUGCAACAUGCAUCGGAGAUUCAAUUCCUCACGUCGAUUCUGUCAGAGCUGGACUCGGCCUCCCCGCCAAAGAUCUCCCAUCUCACUUGGCGGGUGAAGGAGAGGAUUUCACAAUUGCAAACGGGAGUGUCUUCGCCUCCUCCGCCACCAGAAUCAACGACAACUGUGACCGCAGCGACCGCGUCCUCCAGUCAGGGAAGCAUCUCAGGACUGCAGCAGGAUAAUGUCAAGAUUUUCGACCACGUUGAUGACAGGCAGGCCCUGCAUCGGUUGGCCGAUGCCCCUGCAGAGAGUACAGACCCGCCAAUUCUGACGGCAAUUGAGCAUCUUGCCUGGGGCCGAAACUCGGCAGGAUGUUACCCUCACAGGCGAUGUGCCUGUCAGUACCGUCGAGAUAGCUCCGAGACGCUGUCUAUGAAUAGCGGGUCAUUCCAGAUUCACGGAUCCGCUUUGGAGGUUCUGUUCGUGCCAAUGGGGAUAGAUGCACAGAAGCUCGUCAAAUUUCAUAUCGAGAAUUUGACCUGGCAUCAUAAUUGUUUCCACGGCGGCACUUUUCUGCAGCAAUGUGAAGUGUUUUGGAGCUCGGGCCGAUGCGAUAACCCACUAUGGAUCGCGCUCUACCUCUCUGUCCUGAGCUGCACUGUGAACUCGAUACAAAAUAGUGGAAGGCUGAAGAGUCAGCUCGGCGUGGACUUGGACAAUUUUCAGACGGCUCAACAGCUUUUCUCUACCAUGGUGCGAGCAUUGUACGACUCCCACUUUCUCAACAACCUUUCAAUUUGCUCGGUGCAAGCCAUUGCCAUCUCGACCGAAGUUGCGCAUAACCUCGGUCUCAGCCAACUCAAUGCGACCAUGUUCAACGCCGCGGUCCGAAUCGCAGAGUGUUUGGGACUUCACAAAAUCAAAGACCACCCAUCGUACAUGAUGCAAAGCCAAGACCAGUGGGAGGAACGGGUCGAACGAGAAGUGGGCAGACGGGUCUGGUGCCAGAUGAUCAUCCAGGAUCACUUUGCCAUCCCCUUUACCGACACCUAUAGCAUCUCUCCCCUACAAUACUCGACCGGGCGCCCUUUGAACGCCGACGAGCAAACUCUUACCGAAUUACCCACCAACGUCCCUACCACCAGCACCUAUGUCCGGGUCCUCGUCGAGCUCGCCGCUCUCAUGCCCGGUCUCAGCGACGGAUUGGGCCCUAUGAACAAGCGAAAAUCGCGUCGCGAGCAAUACCAACACAUCCUCCAAGUAGACCAGAAAAUGCGCGCCGUGGUCAAAGGAAUCCCAUCCUUUCUCCUUCGACCCGACAAAGCCAAAGAAUCUAAAAUCCCCUGGCUGAGCAUCGUCCGUCGAAGUCUCGCGAUCACUGCCGCCGAAAAGAUCAUCAUGAUCCACCGCCCCUUCCUCUUCCGUUCCUUCCACGACCCAACCUACGGCCACACCAGACGGACGUGCAUCGCAGCCGCCAUGACCAUCCUCCGCGAACACGAAUCCAUCGCCAACGAAGAAGACCUCUCGAUCUGGACGCACACCGCCUUCGCCAUCACCGCCGCCGUGAUCCUCUGCUUCGAAGUCAACGCCACCGUAGACAACCCCUCUGACGGCAAAAUCGAAAUGUACAGGGACGCCGUCCUUUCCGCUCGCGAACGUCUCGCCUCCCGCAACCACGACAUCCUAGCCCAGCGCGGCGUCGCCCUAAUUGACGCCAUUUUAAUCGCUGAAGAGGCUCAUUUCGGACCGAAAGAACGGAAACGAGCCGGCCACAUCGACUUUCAUCGAAUCUUUGCCAACUUUUCAACGUUGAGCAGGGCCAAUUUACUCCCGGAUGACGAUCUGUCCUUUGGGAAAUUGUCGGGCAAUAGCCCGGAUGACUUCCGCAGCGUGGAUACGAAUGAGAUGCAGUUUUCGUGGAACUCGGAUGAGAUUGAUUUUGAUAUUUGGUUCAACGGGAUAUUUAAUGAGUUGCAGCAGCCGACGUUGGGAUGA